AUGAACAGAGCCAAUCAUACUCUGGUGUCUGAGUUUGUAUUCCUGGGACUCUCCAAUUCUUGGUAUAUCCAACUUUUCCUCUUUGUUAUCUCCUCUAUAUUUUAUGUGGCAAGCAUGCUGGGAAACUCCCUCAUUGUGCUCACAGUGACCUCUGACCCACACUUACAUUCUCCCAUGUACUUCUUGCUGGCCAACCUCUCCUUCAUUGACCUGGGAGUUUCCUCAGUUACUUCCCCCAAGAUGAUAUAUGAUCUUUUCAAAAAGCGCAAAGUUAUUUCAUUCUCAGACUGCAUCAUUCAAAUGUUCUUUAUUCACUUGAUUGGUGGUGUUGAGAUGGUGCUACUUAUUGCUAUGGCCUUUGACAGAUAUGUAGCUAUAUGUAAGCCUCUCCAUUAUCUGACUAUCAUGAGUCCAAGAAUGUGUACUCUGUUCCUGGUUGCUGCUUGGACCAUUGGCUUCAUCCACUCAGUUGUCCAACUGGCUUUUGUUGUUAAUCUGCCAUUUUGUGGCCCUAAUGAAUUGGAUAGCUUUUAUUGUGACCUUCCUCGGUUCAUCAAACUUGCCUGCACAGACACAUAUAGACUGGAAUUCAUGGUCACUGCCAACAGUGGCUUCAUUUCCUUGGGCUCUUUCUGCAUCUUGGUCAUCUCCUACAUUUUCAUCCUGGUUACUGUUCAGAAGCAUUCUUCAGGUGGUUCUUCCAAGGCUCUCUCCACUCUGUCAGCUCAUAUCACUGUGGUGGUUUUGUUUUUUGGUCCAUUGAUCUUUGUUUAUACAUGGCCACACCCCACAUCACACUUGGAUAAGUUUCUUGCCAUUUUUGAUGCAGUUCUUACUCCUUUUAUGAAUCCAGUCAUCUACACAUUCAGGAACAAAGAGAUGAAGGUGGCAAUGAGGAGAUUGUGCAGUCAGAUUGGGAGUCUUAGGAAAGUCUCUUAA